CACAUGGCUUGCGUCGGGUGUUGUGGGUUUACGUCAUGACGUUGACGAGGAAGUGAACACGUGUGAGGAAAAAUAAGAAGUCCGCGUUUGCUGAGGCCACAAACCUUGAGAAAGUUCUUCCUCAACUGUGAACUUCAACAUGGCUGUCAGGGCAUCUUUCGAGAAGAACAACGAAAUAGGCUGCUUCGCCAAAUUAACAAACACAUAUUGCCUAGUUGCAAUUGGUGGGUCAGAGAAUUUCUAUAGUGUCUUUGAAGGCGAGUUGUCAGAGACCAUCCCAGUUGUACAUGCCUCAAUAGCAGGAUGUCGGAUAAUUGGAAGAAUGUGUGUGGGGAAUCGUCAUGGACUCCUGGUGCCCAACAACACUACUGACCAGGAGCUGCAGCACAUUAGGAAUUGUCUUCCAGACACGGUGAAGAUCCAGAGGGUCGAGGAGCGGCUCUCAGCACUGGGGAAUGUCAUAGCCUGUAAUGACUAUGUGGCCCUGGUGCAUCCUGAUCUGGACAGGGAGACUGAGGAGAUCCUGGCGGACAGUCUGAAGGUGGAGGUUUUCCGUCAGACAGUAGCAGAGCAAGUUCUAGUGGGGAGCUACUGUGCCUUCAGCAAUCAGGGGGGACUGGUACACCCCAAAACCUCCAUAGAAGACCAGGAUGAGCUCUCCUCCCUACUCCAAGUGCCUCUGGUGGCUGGAACAGUGAACCGUGGUAGCGAGGUCAUCGCCGCAGGGAUGGUGGUAAAUGACUGGUGUGCCUUCACUGGGCUGGACACCACCAGCACAGAGCUGUCCGUCAUCGAGAGUGUGUUCAGACUGAGCGAGGCGCAGCCCAGUGCCAUCGCUACCACGAUGAGAGACUCUCUAAUUGACAGCCUCACAUAAGAUGCCAGUCCGCCUUGAAUGAAAGGUUUGAGUCAUCCCUGAAAAUCUGUUGCAGACCACUCGCUGUCAUUUGAUAUGGUUAACACCUUCCACGUUUAGAGUUGGACAUUUGCAUGGUAUGUCAAUGCUAGACUUCAUAAUUCCUUAAAGAGAUGCUCCGGUACUAGGAAAUUGUUUUUUAUACCUCCUGCUUUGGGCUGGAUGUGUCAAUGUGUAGAUCAUACUUUCUUACCUCAAUUAGCCACGUAAUCCUUAGUUUCAAAGCGACUCUUUUCUUGAAGGUGUGCUGCGCCAUUUUCCUUACAUUUUCCCCCAUAUGGGCCAGCACCCUAGCAAUUCGAGUUCUAGCCAAUGAUCAUCAGCCCCUCUCAUUUAAGUGACAGCAAGCAAGAGGCUUGUCCAGCUUUAUCCAAUGAGGUUGCAGGGCGGGCCCAACGGCUCAGUGGACACAGCAGAGACAGCAAAGACGUGGUACAUACAGUGCAUUCGAGGUAUUCAGACCCUAUGACUUUUUUUCACAUUUUGUUACUUACAGCUUAUUCUAAAAUGGAUGAAAUCGUUUUUUCCCCUCA